AUGUUAGCUGCUGCGAGAUACAACGACGCGACCGUGAGCUACCUGCUCGAAGCUGGCGCUCAACUCGACAGCACGAAGCUCGAGUCAACAACGGAACUGCUGUACGCCUGUGACGAGAAGCCCUACCAUGUGAAUCGGGCGGCUCAGGAGAAAUCAGUUCAGCUCCUAUGCAAGCAUGGAGCUGACGUCAAUGUCACAACUUGGGAUGGCAAGACUCCAUUCUUGCUGGCAGCUGCAAACUUGAACUUGGGACUGAUGCGUCUGCUGGUUGCUCAUGGGACUGCUAUGACGGCACAGGAUAUGGAAGGUACGAAUGCUUUGACUCUCGCAGGGAGGAAAGUGGGGUACAAUGGAGAGUCCAGGAAAGAUGUCAUCAAGUUUUUUGGUCAGACUGAAUAUUGA